AUGUCAAAAGCCCAGAAAAAGGAGGCCAAAAGAGCCGCUCACACAGAGCGGAGGCGGCUCAAACGCAAGCAGGACAACAAGAAUAAGCGCCUCGCGCGGCAGGAAGCACGGAAAAACAUCCUCUCUGGCAUGACACGUCAGGAGCGACAGGAAUAUAUAAACAAUGAGCGGGAGCAAGAAGCACAAGAAAAGGAACGCCUGGAGCAAAGGCUCGCAGACAAUCUGGAGCACGGAAACCUCCACAUCUGCAUAGCCCUAGACUUCAUGGACGACAUGUCACCGCGAGAAAAGAACAGCCUCGCCCGACAGAUCCAGUGGGUGUGGAACGAUAUUGUGCGAAAGCCGGAACUCAAGAUAAAGCUGGACUUGGCUCCAUUCGCAGCCGGGUGUCCUUUCGAGGAGGACUGUCGCCGAUUCGGCUUUGUCCACUGGAAGAUGAACUACCGUCCGCAGUCCUUCCACGAGGAGUACCCCAUGGAGCGCGUGGUCGUGCUCAGUCCGGACGCAGAGACCGCCUUGACGCAAGCGGAUCUGCAGGAUGACCGCACGGUCUUCGUCAUCGGCGGCAUAGUCGACAAGACCGUGAAGCGCAACAUGACAAAGGACCUGGCCGACCAGCUCCAAGCCUGCUGCCGACGCCUACCGAUCAAGGAAUUGGCCAUGAGCAUGAACCCGAUCCUCAACAUCAACACCGUCGCCGAGAUCCUGGCCGACGUGAAAUUCAACGGCGCCACCAUCAACGACGCCAUUGUGCGCGCCAUCCCGCCACGUAAAGUCAACCUGCCCGAUCGACAGAGCAGAAAACUGCGCCGGGCAGGCGAGGAACACUCACCAGAGUCCUCGUCCAAUCCACUGAUCUCCUCCAACUCCUUCUCCGACUCGUCCAGCGAGGAGAGCGAGGUGCCGGUCGAUGUCGACGCGCCAGUAGACGUGGACGCAUCAGCAGGUGUGGAUGUGCCAGUGGUUGACGGUCAGUGA